UAUUGUSAUUUGGGCUGGAGGAAGGACAACACCUCCAGCUGAUCACCCUCCUUGUGGAUGGGUYAAYGAACACUGCGUAGAACAAGACCAGGAAGCUUCGAGGUUGAUUAACGUUGCCAUUGGUAGCGCAACCGCUGGUGUCGUUGUCCUGGCUUUGGUCUUCAUUGUCAUCACCCGAAAACUACGCUAUGAAAUCGACUUGGCUCAAAAUAUGACAUGGAAAAUCAAAUUUGAUGAUUUGAAGAUACACUCCUUAGAAACAGAGAAUGAAUAUCUGGAAGAAGAUACAAAAACAAAUUUUCUUAUGCGUUCAAUACCGCAAAUCGAAAGCGAAGCUGAAAGUUCUCGGAAACCAAAUCGAAGCAACUUUGCAAACGCUGCCAAGGGUUUUUCGCCUUUGAGCAGGAAAGCACGCAACCAAGAAAAUAUCAACAUUAACCAGGAAGGAGAGCGUGUUACCGAUCUUGCAGAAUUUCAGGGACGAACUGUGGUAAUGAAAAGAUUAAGUAAGAAAAGCGUUCACUUGUCCCGAAAAGUUCUCAUUGAACUAAAACAGGUAAGAGAUAUAAAUCACGAGAACUUGAAUACAUUCAUUGGAGCUUGUAUCGAGUCGCCAAACAUUUUGUUGGUGUGGUCACACUGCAGAAAGGGGAGCUUGCAGGAUGUGCUGAACAACGAUGAGUACAGGAUAGACGAAGCUUUUAAAAUGUCUAUGUUUGUUGAUAUMUCUGCUGGAAUGAAGUUUCUUCACGGCAGCCCAAUCAAAUUCCAUGGUUCUUUGACGUCAUCAAAAUGUGUGAUUGACAGUCACUGGGUUGUAAAGAUUACUGAUUGGGGCUUGCAUAACUUCAAAGCUGGUCAGGAGAAAGAYCACGUUGAAAAGGUUUCCACUGAAUUAUUAUGGGCUGCUCCUGAACACAUCAACUUGUCCAAACUUGAAAAAGGAGGGAUGUCCCAAAAGGGCGAUGUGUACAGUUUUGGAAUCAUUCUCCAGGAAAUUUCGACCAGAACUGGACCAUUCAAUGACUGCGGAUUGGAACCACAAGAAAUUAUUCAGCGUGUUAAAGCUCACGACGACCCACCUUUCCGUCCAAAAUUGUCAACAGAGGAAGUUCGUCCAGAAAUCAUGCAACUGAUGUGUGAAUGCUGGAACGAAGACCCUGAAGAAAGACCUCACUUUCUUCGCAUUUGUGAACGUCUUAAGAAAAUCAGUGGAAGACUCAGGAAUACGAAUUUCAUAGAGAACAUGGUGUCAAUGAUGGAGAAACAUUCCAACCACUUGGAACAACUUGUGGAGGAAAGAAAUCGUCAGUUGAAUGAAGAAAAAGAAAAAACUGAUCGUCUUCUUUGCCGGCUUCUACCACAACCAGUUGCCGAACAGCUGAAACUUUACAAUUCAGUUCAAGCAGAAGAGUUUGAAGAAGUGACCAUUUUCUUCAGUGACAUUGUUGGUUUUACUAAACUGUGCUCUAACAGUCAGCCCUUGGAGGUUGUAGAUUUCUUGAAUGAUCUUUAUGUGGCAUUUGAUGAAAUCAUMUCUAAUUACGACGUUUACAAGGUUGAAACAAUUGGUGAUGCGUACAUGGUGGUCAGCGGUUGUCCAGUAUUGAAUGGUAAAAAUCACGCUGGGGAGAUAGGUAGCAUGGCUCUUGACGUGUUAAGUAGCAUGACUCAAUUUACGAUACGCCAUCGUCCUGAUGAACAACUCCAACUUCGCAUUGGGAUCCAUACAGGUCCAGUUGUUGCUGGUGUCGUUGGUGUCACCAUGCCAAGAUACUGUAUGUUCGGCCAUUCAGUCAACAUUGCCAUGAAAAUGGAAAGCACUGGAGUUGGUCUUCGUAUCCAUGUGAGCAAGGACGCACACCUUCGCCUUGUUGAACUUGAAGGCUUCUUCUUCGAGGAAAGAGACGAAGCCAAAUCGAAGAGUCUUGGCAUGUCAACUACUUACUGGUUGGUUGGUAAAGAGGGCUUCAACAAACCUUUACCUGAUCCAGCACCAGAUAUCAGUGAACAGGUCUUUGAGACAUUGGAAAGACUCUUUUACUCAGUCUGAAUUGUUGACUGAUGACCUGAAGAAAGGAAGAAUUUCAAUUAUUAUUCACUUAGUUUCAAAAUAUUUAAUAUUUAUUAUAAGAAUCGGAUAAUCAUUCUCUGGCAUGCAUUCUCAGAAAAGUGGCUUGUUUUUAAGAUAUUCAUAUUCUGAGACUCUUAUGUUAUCAUUUCUAUUGUAGAAGUCUAAAUAUCCAUAUAGAACCUUGGUAGAGCGGAUUUCGUAUGACUGCAAAAAACACGGUACUUUCGUGCUGUGACCGUACCGUGCCGUAGCGGUGAUGUAUUGUUAAAUCUUUAUUUUUAUUUGAAAUCCUAGAUGUUGUGAUCCGUGCCGUUACAGCAACGGGCUGGAAACUAAAAUUUUAUAUGGAAAUCGAAGAGUUGGGGAAACGGUUGCAUAGUCAUACGAAAUCCGCUCUAUUACUUAUUGAAAACAUUGCCUUUAGGGAAAACUUCGGAAUUUAUUUCAGACAGUACUUGUACCCCCUUGAUCCUGACUCUUUCAUACAUCCACUGGCAUUACAUAAUCCAUGCAAUAAGAAUGCGAUGAUUACUUGAAUAUUUUCUCUUGUUUGUAAAACAUCGGAAUUAGAGUGCAAGUCACAUAAGCAUGAAACAAUUCCUAACUAUGUAGUGCUAAAUAAGAUUUAGUUAUCAACUAAGAAUUGAGAACAAC